UCCCUCUCUCCUCGCCCGCUGGGUGCUGAAGUUGGGCGGAUGGCAGCAAACCGGCUCCGCUAGAGGACCGAGCAGCCCAGCCUCGCGCCCCCGGACCCAUCGGUGCGCUGCCCACACCUCCAGGCGGCUGGAACUGUACUACAUGAAAUAUUAGAGGAAGUUAUUCAUCCAGAAAGAAAAUGAUACCAUGUGGAAACAGAACUGCACGAAGAAGUGAAGUCGGCCAGACAUGCCAGUUGGGUACUGAAGUAGCUGAAAUGCGAAAAAGGCAGCAGCCACAAAAUGAGGGAACACCUGCUGUGUCUCAGGCGCCUGGAAACCAGAGGCCCAACAACACAUGUUGCUUCUGUUGGUGCUGUUGUUGCAGCUGCUCCUGCCUCACUGUUAGGAACGAAGAAAGAGGGGAAAAUGCAGGAAGACCCACACAUACCACAAAAAUGGAGAGUAUCCAGGUCCUAGAGGAAUGCCAACACCCCACUACAGAUGAAGUCUUGUCCUGGUCUCAAAAUUUUGACAAGAUGAUGAAGGCCCCAGCAGGAAGGAACCUUUUCAGAGAGUUCCUCCGCACAGAAUACAGUGAAGAGAACCUACUUUUCUGGCUUGCCUGUGAAGACUUAAAGAAAGAACAGAACAAAAAAGUAAUUGAAGAAAAGGCCAGAAUGAUAUAUGACGAUUACAUUUCUAUCCUAUCACCAAAAGAGGUCAGUCUCGAUUCUCGAGUUAGAGAGGUGAUCAAUAGAAAUCUCUUGGAUCCUAAUCCUCACAUGUAUGAAGAUGCUCAACUUCAGAUAUAUACCUUAAUGCACAGAGAUUCUUUUCCAAGGUUUUUGAACUCUCAAAUCUAUAAGUCAUUUCUUGAAAGUACUGCCAGCUCUACUUCUGAAUCUUAAUUUUAAUUAAAAAAAAUCGUUUUGGAGGGCUGGGAUGGGAAAUAAAAGUAGUUAAAUAACACCAGAAACUGAGUUCCUGGAGAACUACAGUUAAGCAUUCCUCAGGCUACUGUGAAAAUACAACCAUAUGGUCUUUGUCUCCAUUUUUAUCAAGUUGAUCCAUGGUUAAGUUUGGAGAAAAUACCACAUAAAACAAUGAAUUGCCAAAUUAAGUUUGUUUUAUUCAGCACUCAUUCUACUUGCAAGCAAACUGUAUUUGUAGUCGUGUGAACAGUCUCCUAGUGUCUCUCCAGAGACUGCAUGUGCGAAUUAAAACUGCUUCAUUUGCCACAUAAUUGUUGUAAUAUUUAAUCCAAUGGCAUAACUUAUAUCUGUAUUUAAGGACUUUUGUGCAAUAUGGUCUUAUAGAAAUAAUUGCCAAAAAGUUGGCUGUGGUUUGCAUUUUUAAAUAUAAUCUAAGACAGAAAAAGCCAAUUUUUACAUUGUAACAAUGGUAUUCAUGCUAUAUACUGUGUUCAGUACACUAAUUUUGAAGCCAAUAUUUCUGUACCUGACAAAAGAGCUAUUUAUCUCUGUUUGUUGGAAGAUCCUAACGGGGGAUUCCACUGGUUGUUCACUGCCAAAACUGUGGCAUUUUCAUUACAGAAGAGUUUGCUAUGUAAAAAAGAAGAAGAAGAAAAGAGAAAAAAAAGCACAAAACAAUUUGAAGAUAUUCUAUCUCAAUGACAAAUCAAAGAGUGAUAUUGUUUUUAAUUGUACUAGAAGAAAAUGAAUCUAUGUAUAUAUCAGAUGUCCAAUACUGUAAUUAAUUUAUUAAAGACUGGCUCUCCAGUUCUAAAACAGUUGUGUAAAGUAUGUACUUUAGCAAGAAAAACAAUAAUAAGCUUGAUAACUUAGUUUUGGAAUAUAAAGAAAGGACUUAAUAAAGGAAUGCCUACAUGUAGCAUCAUAAAACAUUUUGAUGAAUAGCA